AUGAGGAAAACUUCGGACACGGUACAAUCCAAGAGUCCAGACUCGUCUGUAACUCGAGUCUUCGUCUCUGGACUCCCUCCUUCGAUGACAACAGAACAAUUGCACACACACUUCUCCUCCAAAUUCACCGUGACUGACUCCCACGUCGUGCCGGAACGUCGUAUUGGUUUCAUUGGCUUUGUGGAUAAUGAGUCUGCAGCAUCAGCCGUCAAGUACUUCAACAGAUCUUUCGUCAAGAUGUCCAAGAUAUCUGUAACUCUAGCAAGACCUGUUGAGAUAAAGAGGGAUGGGACCGGACAGGCAACGCCUGUUUCGCUCCGGCGGACAGGCGGAAAGCAGGAAAGCCUGCAAAACGAGUUCAAGAAGCGGAAGCGAGAAGCAUACGAUGACGGCGAAAAACCCCGGCAGCAAACAUAUCAACAACAGCCAACGCAGCAAGAUUCGAAGAGGCAGGCAGGUUCGGCAGAUGCAACUCAAGAAGAAUUGCUCAGUACGGGCAAUGUCCAAGCAGGGUCUAGAGAUAUUCAGGGAUCGGACAGUGACUGGCUACGUGGCAAAACCAGUCGGCUAUUGGAUCUUGUUGAAGACGGUGCUUUGGAUUCAACCCCUCUGCCGACAGGUCCAGAAGCACUCCUAAGUCGGCCGACCGAGUCUUCCAACGUAGUGAAUGAGGUGGACAUUGCUGAACCUACGCCCAACGAAGUUGGAAGUGGUACGACAGCAAUCUCCAUCGCGAAUGCCCGGUUGUUUGUCCGUAAUUUGCCAUUCAAUGCUUCACAGGACUCGAUCCGCGCGACCUUUUCUCCGUACGGAAGGAUAUCUGAGGUACACCUCGUGACGGACACGCGAACCUCAUCCGGCAAAGGUCUAGGAUACAUACAAUUCGUGGAACCUUCGGACGCUGAAAGAGCUUUGCUUGAAUUGGACGGCAGAGACUUCCAAGGGAGACUCAUGCAUAUCCUUCCAGCCUCGGACAAGAAGAUAUCCAAGCUGGAUGAGUUCGAAAUCUCGAAGCUGUCACUGAAGCAACAACGGGCAUUGAAGCGUAAGACAGAAACGGCAAAUUCCAGCUUUAGCUGGAAUUCUUUGUACAUGAAUCCUGAUGCCGUUUUGGCCUCGGUGGCAAAUCGACUUGGAGUAUCGAAAGCAGAUUUGCUCGAUCCGUCCUCGUCAGAUGCCGCUGUCAAACAAGCCCAUGCCGAGACCAGCGUGAUCAAGGAAACGAAGGACUAUCUAAAGUCGCAAGGUGUGAACCCAGAUGCGUUCACGGCACGGCGACGGGACGAUUCCACGUUGCUGUUGAAAAACUUUUCAUACGGGACAACUUCUGAGGAGCUUCAACAGAUGCUGAGUCAAUAUGGGACGAUUCGUCGCUUAAUAUUUCCUCCCACAGGUACAAUGGCUAUUGUGCAGUACGAGGAACCUUCCUCUGGAACAUUGGCAAUCAAAAAGCUCGCCUAUCGCAAUCUGAAGGGAUCCGUGCUAUUCGUUGAGAAAGCACCUGAGGGUCUCUGGGGAAGUCCAAAUAGUUCGCGACCGGUUGAGGACACAAUGGCGGAUGAUCUAGAUGCUUCUUUUACCACUUCGGCCACAUUGUUCGUUCGCAAUCUCAACUUCACUACCUCUAGUACCAGACUUGCCGAAGCCUUCAAGCCCCUUUCUGGUUUCCUCUCUGCUAAAGUCAAAACAAGGACUGAUGCCAAGAAGCCUGGUGAAGUACUCAGUAUGGGUUUCGGCUUCGUUGAGUUCCGCACUAAGUCCCAGGCCGAAGCUGCAAGAGUGGCGAUGAAUGGAAGGAUAGUUGAGGGACAUGAAAUCGUCGUCCAAUCAUCUCAAAAGCCCACCGAUGCGGCGGAAGAAAGACGAAAAGAGGACGCUUCGAAGAAAUCUAAUGCCAAGAAUACCAAGAUCAUCAUCAAGAAUCUUCCUUUCGAGGCAUCUAAAAAGGACAUCCGUGCAUUGUUUGGUGCUUAUGGCAAGUUGAGAACUGUCCGCCUUCCUAGAAAGUUCGACAACACUGCCCGGGGGUUUGCCUUCGCCGAGUUUGUUACUGCGAAAGAAGCUGAGAAUGCGAUGGAUGCUCUCAGCAACACCCAUCUGCUCGGACGUAGACUCGUCCUGGAUUUUGCAGAGGGUGAAAUAGUCGAUCCUGAAGCCGAGAUCCGGGCCAUGGAAAGGAAAGUCCAAGGUCAUGAAAAUAUGUUGGCCCACCAAAGGAUGACAGGUUCGGCCCGGAAGAAAUUUAACGCUGAUGCUGCACGAGAUGAUGUUGAGCCUCUCUGA